AUGGCCCGGGCCGGGGCCGGGGCGCUGCUGGCGCUGUGGGUGCUCGGGGCCGCGGCGCAUCCGCAGUGCCUGGACUUCAGGCCGCCCUUCCGGCCGCAGCAGCUGCUGGCCCUCUGCUCGCGGUACUCGGUCUUCGGCUGCUGCGACGAGAAGCGCGACGCCGAGCUGACCAGCCGCUUCUGGGCCCUGGCGAACCGCAUGCUGGCCGCCGAGUGGGCCGACUGCGCCGGCUACGCCCGGGAGCUGCUGUGCCAGGAAUGCUCACCGUAUGCAGCCCACCUCUAUGACGCUGAGGACCCGUCGACACCCCUGCGCACUGUGCCUGGGCUCUGCCAGGACUACUGCCUGACCAUGUGGCAGAAAUGCCGGAGGCUGCUCCGCCACUUAUCAACCGACAAGGAGCUCAGGGCACUGGAGGACAACCGUGACAAGUUCUGCCACCACCUGUCCCUGGAUGACACGGAUUACUGCUACCCUAACCUAAUGGUCAACAAGAGCCUCAACUCAGACCUGGGCCACAUGGUAGCCGACGCCACCGGCUGCCUGCAGCUGUGCUUGGAGGAGGUGGCCAAUGGGCUGCGAAACCCCGUGGCCAUGGUCCACGCCGGCGACGGCACCCACCGCUUUUUUGUGGCCGAGCAGGUGGGGCUGGUGUGGGCCUACCUGCCCAACCGCUUCAGGCUGGAGAAGCCUUUCCUGAACAUCAGCCGGGCGGUGCUCACCUCGCCCUGGGAGGGCGACGAGCGUGGCUUCCUGGGCAUCGCCUUCCACCCCAGCUUCAGGCACAACCGCAAGCUCUACGUCUAUUACUCAGUGGGGAAUCGCGCUGAAGAGUGGAUCCGCAUCAGCGAGUUCAGGGUCUCUGAAGAUGACGAGAACGCUGUGGACCACAGCUCUGAGAGGGUAAUCCUGGAGGUCAAAGAACCAGCCUCGAACCACAACGGGGGCCAGCUGCUCUUCGGGGAUGAUGGGUACCUCUACAUCUUCACCGGAGAUGGCGGGAUGGCCGGAGACCCCUUUGGGACGUUUGGAAAUGCCCAGAACAAGUCGGCGCUGCUGGGCAAGGUGCUGCGCAUCGACGUGGACCGCAAGGAGCACGACCUGCCCUACGGCAUCCCGCCCGACAACCCGUUCCUGGGAGACCCCGCCGCGCGGCGCGAGGUCUACGCCCUGGGCGUGCGCAACAUGUGGCGCUGCUCCUUCGACCGCGGCGACCCCCAGUCGGGCGCGGGCCGCGGGCGCCUCUUCUGCGGCGACGUGGGCCAGAACAAGUACGAGGAGGUGGACCUGGUGGAGCGCGGCGGUAACUACGGCUGGCGCGCACGCGAGGGGUUCCAGUGCUACGACAGCAGCCUGUGCGUCAACGCCUCGCUCAAUGACAAGCUGCCGAUUUUUGCCUACCCGCACACAAUUGGCAAGUCAGUCACAGGGGGCUACGUGUACCGGGGCUGCGAGUACCCCAACCUGAACGGCCUCUACAUUUUUGGGGAUUUCAUGACCGGGCGUCUGAUGUCCCUCCAUGAGAACCCAGAGACAGGCCAGUGGCAGUAUAAUGAGAUCUGCAUGGGCCACGGCCAGACCUGUGACUUCCCAGGCCUCAUCAACCACUACUACCCUCACAUCAUCUCCUUUGGGGAGGACGAGGCCGGGGAGCUGUACUUCAUGUCAACAGGGGAGCCGAGUGCCACAGCUCCACGCGGGGUCGUCUACAAGAUAAUUGACCCAUCCAGGCGGGCACCACCUGGCAAGUGUAAGAUCCAGCCUGCUAAGGUGAAGACGAGAAGCGGCCUCAUCCCCUUUUUUCCCAGAGAAAAGUUCAUCCCGAAGACACCGAGCACCCCGCGGCCUACAGUGCGGGCGCCCACCCAGGCGCCCCGCCGCAGGCGCCCCACGGCUACUGCGCCCGCGCCUACCCCGCGGCCUCCAAGGCCAGCACGGCCUACCCGGCAACCAGGGGGCCGGAGGCGCGGCGGGCGGCGGCGGGGGCGGCUGAACACCGCGAGCCAGGCGUUCCGGGAUGGCGACGUGCGCCUGGUGAGGCGCCCGGGCCUGCGCUCAGGCAGCGGGCGCGUGGAGGUGUUCGUGGGCGGACGCUGGGGCACUGUGUGUGACGACUCCUGGGACAUCAACGGCGCCGCCGUCGUGUGUCGCCAGCUGGGGUUUCCCUACGCCGUGCGCGCUGUCAAGAGAGCCGAGUUCGGCCAGGGUGGCUCGCUGCCCAUUCUGCUGGACAAUGUGCGCUGCAAGGGCUGGGAGCUCAACCUGCUGGAGUGCCAGCACAACGGUGUGGGCACGCACGACUGCGAGCACGAGGAGGACGCGGGUGUUGUGUGCAGCCACCAGAACCCUGACCUGUAGGCAGCACACCGCUGCCCCCAGGCCAUCCCGCCCGCCGAGGAGCCUGGCAGGGGCCGCUCCCUGCUGCGUGCACCCGGCAUGU